AUGGCAGAGGUGGCAAGGGAACCUGGCACCUUCUUGCCAAAGGAAACCGUUCAAACAGCUGCCAGCAGAGCAGCCAAGAUAAGAGGCGAUGGGGAGUGGGCACAGGUGUGUGCUUUGGAAAGCCCCUCCUGUAUGUUUCCUCUGGGGAGAAAUCCAGGAGGACGGGCAAAGUGCCAGAGGAGUGGAGCAGGGCCAGCACGGAUCCUGUCAACGGGGAAGAGAGAGCCAGGCACCUGGCCGCGUCUCUUAGAAGAUUCCCACAGAAGCCAGGCCGGGCUGCCCUGCCGGCAGACGGAGACGGAGCUGGUGAACGAUCGGACCCGUGACUGCCCAUCCGUGGCUCUGCAUGCAGAUGGAAGGAAGCCUGGCGCGGCUGUGCCCGAGGCCCUGUGCCACGCAGCGUCUUUGUGUGCAAAUGGACCCCAAGAGAAAACGCUGCCAUCCGAUUUUCAGGUGACAGAUCUGCAGAUCUCCCAGAGACUGAGCACAGCAAACUCUAGAAGGGGUGUCCUGGAGAGGGUCUUCUCCAGCUGCCACACCAGCACCCAGAGGAAGCCCCGUACCUGCAGCAGGGUGGCACCGGGCACCCAUUCCAGCACCGGGCCUUUUGAGUUUGGCAGCAGCAUCCGGCCCGGGGACAGGAGGGCCCACCUCAACUCGGCCAACUUCACGGCCUCGCAAGGGCCCGGCCUCGACUCGGACUUUGGCGCCAGUGCUGGCGUUUCUGUCCGGAUCUUGUCAACUGACAGCGAAGGCAGCCCCAACACACCCGUUGUGCAUCGCCAACAAGCCGAGCACUUUGAGUGGGACUACUACGACCCCAGCUACAAGAGGAAAGCUCAGCUGCAUCAUUCCCUGCCUCCCAUCUGCAGCAAGCAGUACUGGCUGUAACCUAGGAGAGUCCACAAGUUACCUUUGCCGCACUUUAUGCGUGUGCAGAAGAGAGGUGGCUUGUUGGGAUUUAUUGUGAGGAAUUUUAGUUGUGGUCUUUCUCUUUGGCUUGCACUCUGCUUAUUGGGAGAGAUUUCCUGUUUCGGCUGAAUGUCUCUCCCAUGGAAUAUUUUCACAUUGCAAAAAGCUUCACUUACCCUUAUCUGCACCUGUAUACCAGGGGUCUCCAACCUUGGUGACUUUAAGACUUGUGGACUUCAACUCCCAGAAUUCCCCAGCUCUGGGAGUUGAAGUCCACAAGGCUUAAAGUCGCCAAGGUUGGAGACCCCUGCUUUAUACAAUACUUCUGUGCCCAAAUACGAACCUUUUCAGCACCCCCCGUGUGGGGCUGCCCACUUCAUUCCUCACAGUCCGUUUCCGCAGUCCUUUCAAGCACAAGACCCCCACUGACACUCAGCGCUAGGUAGCCCUGAACAAAAAACCUAGUUAGAAUGCCACCAGUCUAAUCUCAAUAACCCAAAGUGAUUUCACACCUGACCAGGGAGAGAGACACGGUCAACCUCACAGGUGCUCAUUCUGCACAUCAGCACAAAGCAUGGGAUGCAAGGAGAGAGACCUGGUGGGAUACAAACCUUGAUGGCAACACGUGAUGCCUGAUUUUAUAUAGUGUUUAUUAAAGAUACUGAACUUUUU